UUUUGUCAUAUGACGCUGAUGAGAGGACUGAUUCCCCUGUUAGCGACCAGAGCUGCUGUCCUCUGUGGAAACUCAGGCAGCUGGACCUGCCGGGGAUGACCUGCUGGACACCGACACUGUUUGGUGGCUGCACUCGGUAACCUGGAGGAUGGAGUGUCGGGGACUUCUGCCUGCUGUAGCCGCCGCUUGUUGCAUUGCCGUGAGUCAGUCCACUGCCAGACGUCACAUUUGAAACCCCCGGUGUGUCUUUUCCUCCAGUCAUGGUGGUGAGCCAGACGACUCUCACUCCUGCUGUGCUGAACACCACCCUCAUCGAGAAUGUGACCGGUCUGACUAUAACACCCGUGAUUUUCAGCAGCACAACCCCAGGCUGCUCUUCUUUCAAUGUUUCUACUUGUGAGCCCUGUGCGCCGGGAUCACAAUACGACAACAGCACCUUGCUGUGCACGUGCUGUUCUGACCCUGGGCUGUGUUUAUUUCCUGGAGCCUGCCUCCCGUGUGCCAUGGGGUUUUAUCAGCCAGUAGCUGGACAGCAGAAGUGUUUGCCCUGCAACCGGGGUUUUUACACCAAUUUCACUGGAAGUCCAUUGUGUCACCCCUGCCCUGGUGGGUCCUUCAGCAAUGACACUGGUGCAGAACGUUGCACAAGUUGUUUGCCAGGUUUCUUUUCAUUGCAGGAGGGUUCUACUUCAUGUUCACCGUGUGCAUUGGGGAGUUUUUGCAACUCGUCCAGUUGCACCCAGUGCCAAACGUGUCCUGGAGGAACAGAAACUCUGCUGAGUGGAGCUACACGCUGCUCACCAUGUCGGCCAGGCAUGCACAAGGCUGCCCAUCAGACCAUGUGUCAGAUCUGUAGCAGUGGCUUCUACCAGGUCCAGUGGGGGCAGGAGAACUGUGAAAUCUGCCCAGAGAACCACUACUGCCCUAGCCCUGACGUAAACCCCAUCCUGUGUCCGACUGACGCCUUCUGUCCGGAGGGCAGCUUGGCUCCAGGCUACUGCAUGGAGACUUUCUUCCGCAAAUCAGGGGACACUUGUGAAAUGGCUCCUGUCACUAUUGCGCUGUUAGUUAUUGGAGGAGGGUUGACCUUACUCUUUAUCGUUUUAAUGGUUCUACGUCGACGGAGAGACACCGACAGAGAGCUGACAAUAGCCCGGACUCCACUGUUACGCAAAGAGCGGCCUCAGGGUCGAUACUAUGGGCUGCCCUGUGAUGCAGAGCCAGUGUAUGCCGGCUGGUGAACCACUAAGACUAAAGAACUGACAGACGAAGCAGCGGACUGAUGGAAAAAUCCUCAACCGGCGCCUUCAGAGUAAUUUGACAAUCCACCAGCUUUUCAAUUGUGGUACAUUUGAAUAUAUUAUUGACAAACAGAGAUUGAUUCUUUUGUGAAUUCUUAUAGUUUGACCUUGUUACAGUUGUUCCACUUGGAGAGAAGCAUUCCUUUUGUAAACUGGGUUAUUGGAUUAUGAGAGGUAUGUUGGAGACACAUGCCUCGGCUUGGUGGGAAACUCUUUCUCCUAUGAAAAGCACUUUUUUUUUUUUUUUUUUUUUUACAGAGGUAAUCGAUUUACUUUGCAUUCAUGUACUGGUAGCCUUGUGGGUGCCUCUGUUAACUCUUAUGUUUCCUCACUGACAGAGGUGUGGCUGGUACGUUGUGUUUUUUAAUGCUUUUGAUUUUUGUGUGCCAUGUUGUUUGUAGUUUAAGUGAUACCUUUGCUUAAUGGUUUUCAUCUACUUUUUUUAAAGGUUGUAUUUGUAUGUUUUAAAGGAAAAUAAAUAAAAAUGAUUCAGAUUUAUAA